AAAAGAAGAAAAUCGCAUAUAAAUAGACGUUCAAUGGCGAAGAACUCCGUCUGCCCGGCGCCGGUUGAGUAUGUCUGACGUCAUGCUUUACACCACGGCGAUGAUUCGUAAUAAUCGACUUUCUCCUGGUUAGCCUUGGAUCUUUUCUACUUUAAAUUGACUCUUCGCAGAGACUCAUGUGCAUACGAAACUAUACUAUUUGAUCUAAACGUUUUACUACAUUCCAACAACCACAAUGUCUUUCCUCGCCUCUACUCGCGCAACUCUCGGUCCCCGUCUCACUUUCCGUCCUACUCCCGCAUCCCUUUCUGCCCUCCACACCUCUCCGGUAAGGUUUUCGUUGAAGGAGUCGGAUACCAACCGCGAUGAUCUGAGCAACGUCUACGAAGCUGAAAAGGAGCACCAGGCCAAAGAUCGGAAGGAGGGAAAGGCACACUGGAAGCAGGAAUUGGCCAGUAACAGUGAAGCUUCGGUCAAAGCAGACCGUGAAGAAACCCAGACCGACGCCGAGAACAUGGAGAAGCUGCAGCAGCGUACAAAGGAUUCUCCCAGAAGUUCCCAUGGCCUUUAAGUUUGAAUGAUUGGGGGUGGUUAUUAUUUUAUUAUUGCAUUAUAGUUCUGUUCUUACUGGGUCAGUCAGACUGGCAUUUUUCUUAGGAGUCUUGAGGUUUAAUAUCUACGGUUUUCUGCAAAGACGGUCUUGGCAGAGUAGUAUCGUAUAUGUAUUGACCUUGUAAAAGCGGAGU